AUGACAGUACACAAGAAACCCGCUGUAUUUUACGUUCACGCUGCUUUAUUCGAUUGUGAUGGUACCUUGGUUAACUCAACUGGUGCUAUCUCUGAAUUCUGGAGAGAUUUUGGUAAAACCAGACCUCAUGUUAACCCUGAUGAAAUUAUCAGAACAUCCCAUGGAUGCCGUACUUUUGAUGUUAUCGCAAAAUGGUCUCCAGAAGAUGCUGACGAGAAGCAAGUCACUGAAUGGGAAGGUUCUAUUCCUGACUCAUUUGGACAGUACGCUAAACCGAUUCCAGGUGCUGUUGAAUUAGUCAAGUCUUUCGAUAAAUUCUCAAAGAACGAGACUCAUGAUGGACAUCAAAGAUGGGCUAUCGUCACUUCUGGUACCUUACCAUUAGCUUCAAAAUGGUUGAAAUUGUUGACCAUUGACAAACCCGAUACAUUCAUAACAGCAGAAGCUGUUAGCAAGGGUAAGCCACACCCACAAGGUUAUCAGGCCGCAAGAGAUAGAGUAGGUGCUGGUGCAGCUCACAAAAAGGUCGUUGUCUUCGAGGACGCUCCAGCUGGUAUAUCGGCUGGUAAGGGUGCCGGUGCAAUGAUUGUUGGUAUUUGCUCAACUUACGACCCUGAGAAGGUUAGGAAAGCCGGUGCAGAUAUUGUCGUUGACGACUUAUCCUCAUUUAAGAUUGAAUCAUUUAAUAAGGAAACCGAGGAAUUCAAGGUUGUGGUAUCUGAUUAUCACUAUGCAAACGAUGAGUUUUUGCAAGCUGUUUAA